GAUUGUUAGAUUUUGACUGUGCAAAAGCUCUAACAUCAUGACAGAAAAUGAAGUUGUCAAUAUCAGACUUGCUUGUGCUGAUGAAAAAGAAGCAGUUCGAGAUCAUCUUAGAGAAUUCUUCUUCAAACAAGAACCUUGCAAUGAAUCUGUAGGAAUCAUAACAGAAGAACGCCCGAUUUGUCACGAUUUGGAGUCGUUUACACUGCAAGGAUUUAAUAAUGGCUUAAGUAUUAUUGCAGAAUGUAACGGAAGGAUUGUGGGAGUUUGCCUUAAUGUAAUGUUGGAAAGAGAUAAAUUUGAGUUCGAAGAAUAUCCUGUAACUGACGAAAGAUUUGUAAAAGUCGUACGACUACUAGAGCACGCAGAAAGGCAAGUUGAUCUGUUCAAAAGAUAUCCCGAAGUUAAUAAAAUACUAUCUAUUUUUGUCUUAUCGGUGGAUGCAUCUCUUAGAGGCAAAGGAAUUGCAAAGAAACUUACCAAUAAAUCAAAAGAACUUGCCAAAGAACACGGUGCCCAAAUAAUGUUUAUGGAAUGUACUAGUUUCUUUUCAGCCGCUGUGGCUAAAGCUUUGGGAUACGAGUUAAUAUGGUCACUGGAUUAUGAUAACUACAAAAUUAAUGGUGAAGUAGUUUUAAAACCUGCUUAUCCGCAUAAGUCAUUGCAACUUUUUGUGUACAAACUGUGAUAUAUUUAAUUUAAAGUUAGAAAGUUAUGUACAAUGUAUUUUAAAAUAAUUACUG